UUGCCUCAAGAUUAGCUUUCAUCUCUUGAUCCAAAAGAGUUUUUUUGAGUUAAUUGGGAUCUACGAAGAAGCCCUCGCAGCGCUCCCAGUGCGAGAGACACACCUCACUCUUCUCUUUGGAUCUCUGAUUCUCCAGGUAUGGCUACAAUUAGGAACCUGAAAAUCAAGACAAGCACUUGCAAACGCAUUGUCAAAGAGCUUCAUUCUUAUGAGAAGGAGGUUGAGAGAGAAGCUGCUAAAACUGCAGAUAUGAAAGAGAAGGGUGCUGAUCUCUAUGAUCUUAAGCAACAGGAGAAUGUGCUGGCCGAAUCGAGAAUGAUGAUUCCCGAUUGCCGCAAAAGAUUGGAAAGUUCACUUGCAGAUUUGAAAGCAACAUUGGCUGAGCUGAAGGAAUCUAAUGAACAGGGAGUUGAGAUUGAGGAAGCUGAGAACACCAUUGCAGAUGUUGAAACUUUAUUUCAAGCUGAAGAGGAAUGAGAGACAAACUUAAUCAAAAGAGACAUGUUGAUCCAGUGUUAUAAACAAUGUUUACCUUUCUUCUGUUCCCAUUUCAAGCAUUAUAUCCUUAUAAACAAUGUUGACUCUGGAGUGCUUAUAAACAAUGUUAUCUCUUGAGUGCUUAUAAACAAUGUUAUCUCAAGCAUCAACUUGAUACUUGAUAAAGAUUGCUGCAUUUCUUUUGUACUA